AUGUUAAGGGAUCGAUUCAGAUUAAAAGGGGAUCGGGAUUUUGGGGAUUCAGUGAUAUCAUCGGAUGAAGAGGAGACACGGAACUGGUCGAGUUGGGUUUACCAAAGGAGAAAUGAGAUAGAGAUCGAGAUUACUGAUUUGGGGAUCUCGCAAGGGAUAUCAAAGGGGGAUACGAUCGGAUUCGACUUGAAGGAUAAGGGGAGGAGAAAUCUUGUGGAGAUCAGGUGGUUAGAGGGGGAAAUCACGAAGGCAAAUCUGACUAGGGAAGCGCUCAUGUCAGAUCGUAGAGGAUAUGGAAAGUUGAUUUGGGAAUUUGAUAUAUUGCAACAACUAUUUACAUUUGGGGAAUCAAAGGUUGGGCUGCAGGAAGUUUUGCGGAUUGGGGAUUUGAAUGGUCAGGGAGAUGGAAAUGAGAUCAUUUGCAGAUCCUGGGAAAUUAAUAGAGAUUAUACGAAUCAAUAUGCCCUCAAGGAAAUCGUGGCUCCCUUUAUAAAGACGAUAAAGGGGACUCAAUGGCUCUUUAUCUUUUCUCGAAGGCUUUGGGUAGUUGUCUAUCUCUGGCAAAGGUUUAGUAGAUCCGUUUGGCUUGGUGAUAGAUUGGUUGUGUGGUUUUUCAUCCCUAGAAGGAGAAUGGCUCACGUGGCGGUUAAUAAGAUUGAGGUGGUUAGAACUGAGGUUGUAAAGAUUGCAUCUUUGGAUGUAGAGAGACGAAUCAAACAGUUUGAGUUGACUCUGAUUGGUAGGGUUUGGAACCCCAUGUUCCAGAACAUGGAUUCAUUGUUGCAUAAUAUGCCGAAGUUUUGGCGAUUGGAGGACAAGGUGACGGGAGCAGAUUUAGAAGACGGGAAAUUCCACUUUAACUUCAGAUCAGAGGAGGAUAUUCAAGAGUAUGCGGCUGCUGGAUCAUUAUGGGUAGUGGGGAAGCUGUUAGGAAAGGCAUCUGAUGUCGAUGAGGACUCGGGAUAUAUACGUGUUACUCUUAAUGGUUUUAAGCCUCUGGUGUUUACAACUAUUAUCCCUUUCGAUAAUGGGCAUGAGGUCACGGUGACCAUUGACUACGAAAAAUUGGCUAAUCACUGCAAACAUUGCUUUAGAUUAACUCAUUUGGCAAGUGUGUGCCCUGAGUUAUGUGAGCAGGUGGAUAAAGGACGAUUAAAAAGGAGGAUAACCAACAGGCAACAGAGCCAUACUCUAGUAUCAAUGGGGAGAAUGGCUGGGAGGUGGCUAGGAAGAAACCGUCACGGCCAAGAGUUUCACAAAGGGGCUUCCUGGGACGGAAGGAUGAUUCGAAAGGAUAGCUCUAGAAUUGGAGCUUGGGAAAGUCAGGCCAGAGGUAACAAACAGGUGGAGAAUGUUUACAGGGUAAAGGAUGGCAGGCCACAUUCAUACGACAGGGGGCGUAAUGCGAGUUGGCCUACUCCACUCUAUCAUGUUCAAAAGGGAGGAUAUUGGCCAAUCCACUAG